AUGGUGGGUGAGAAAGUGAUUGUUGAUGAAGUCGAGACAAGAGCAGACGCUUAUAGAGUGGCGUACGUGAUCCAUUUCUUGUUGGGUGCUGGUAGUUUAAUACCAUGGAACGCUUUGAUCACUGCCGUUGAUUACUUUGGCUACUUGUAUCCCGACAAGCAUGUGGAGAAGACUUUCACCGUGGCUUACAUGAGUUGCUCGGUCCUUGUUCUGGUUUUGAUGAUGACUUGGAACACAAGGUUGAGCCAUAGACUGAGGUUGAACUUGGGUUUUUCCAUGUUCAUCAUCUCCAUGAUGGUGUCGCCGAUCAUAGAUUGGGUUUGGAAAGGUGAAGAUAAUGAGAAUAUAUCUUAUCUCUUGAUGGUUGGGUCAGUCGUGCUCUGUGGUUUAGCUGAUGGAUUGGUCGGAGGAAGUUUGAUCGGUUCAGCCGGAAAGCUUCCUAGACAGUACAUGCAAGCAAUUUUUGCCGGGACUGCCUCUUCAGGUAUUCUCGUUUCGGUCCUUAGGAUUACGACUAAAGCUUCGCUGCCACAGACACCGCAGGGGAUGCGAACCAGUGCUCAUUGCUACUUCAUAGUGAGCUCCACCAUCCUACUAUGCUGCCUCCUUUGCUGUAACGUGCUAUACAAGUUACCAGUGAUGCAACUACACCUUAGUCUUCAUCAACCUUUGUAUUCGAAUCUAACAGUAUGGAUGGUUGGGAGGAAGAUCAAGUGGCCAGCCUCGGGUAUUCUGAUAAUCUAUACUGUUACCUUAUCUAUAUUUCCAGGAUUUCUAGCAGAGAAUCUGAAGUCCCAACUUCUCCAGAGUUGGUAUCCUAUUUUGCUCAUCACAGUCUACAACAUCUCUGAUUUCGUUGGCAAGUCGCUCACCGCCCUCUACCUAUGGCAGAAUAUAAAAUCUGCUACUUGGGCUUGUAUCAUUAGGCUUCUCUUUUACCCUCUCUUCUCUGCGUGUUUACGUGGACCGCAUUGGCUUAGAACAGAAGUGCCAGUGGUUGUUCUGACGUUCAUGCUAGGCCUCACCAACGGCUAUCUCACUAGUGUCCUCAUGAUCAUGGCUCCCAAAACGGUCCAUGCAUCAGAAGCAGAACUUGCGGCAGUCUUCAUGGUUGUUUUUCUAGGAAUAGGUCUUGUUUGUGGCUCAGUUCUUGGCUGGGUCUGGCUCAUCUGAACUUAUUCUCUGCAUCCAACUGUUCAUUAUAAAACUAUAAAUGAAUGGUGUUACAACUAUAUAUACUAUGAUUUUCAAAAAAAUAUAAUUGAUUAAUGCCCUUUUUCAAAAAAAUAAAAUAAAUAUAUAUAUAUAUAUAUAUAUUAUAAACUCCUGUGCCAAGUAUCAUUACAAAAUAUAAAACAUUUAUCUCUUUACAAAUACAUAACCCAGUAACACCCGUUAAAAAUACUCAUUGACUGAUUUACAUGGUUAUUUUACUAUGAGAUUUUUAGUAAACAAGUUUUAUAGUUGUCAAAACUCAAUAUAGGUAAUACAUGUAUGUAAAUGAAUUUACAAGUCAUCUGAACAGGCAAAACAAAUUACAGCACAGGGAAAAUCUUACAAGAUUAGUAAAAUAAUUACUGGAAAAUUCUUAUUACAGCUUACAUGAGGAUAUAUUAUAGGAGGAGCAUAAACGAAGAAUAUAGAUAUUA